UGUGUUGAAAGCUAGGGUCAGAAAGCAAGAUCCACUUUCAGGCUCACAUUGGACUUAAACGCUGAAUAUUAAACCGAUUUUGAAACUGCGUGUCUGAAGGUUCUGCAAAAUGUGUAAAGGAUUAGCUGCCCUGCCCCAAACCUGCCUUGUAAGGGCAAAAGAGAUCAAGUCAAAAUUGGGAGUUUUGCUGCAAAAGCCAGAACAUGCCAUUGACCUCAUCAUCCCCUAUCCGGAGAAAACCGAGAAGAAGCCGGAGAAGCUGCAGAAGCCUUCACCUGAAGAAGCUGCUCAGUGGCGUGAGGGUCUUGACCAAGUCCUGAACAACAACUAUGGUCUUGCUGCCUUCCGUGGCUUUCUGCGAUCUGAGUUCAGCGAUGAGAAUAUUGAGUUCUGGAUGGCCUGUGAGGACUUCAAGAAGACAAAGAACACUGUGAAAAUGGCGGCCAAGGCCAAAAUGAUCUAUGAGGACUACAUCCAGUUUGAGGGACCCAAAGAGGUAAACAUUGACCACUUCACCAAGGAUGUGACUUUGAGGAAUUUGGUCGAUCUCUCUCCUGAAACCUUUGACCUGGCCCAAAAGAGGAUCUACUCCCUGAUGGAAAAAGACUCCUUUGGGCGCUUUUUAAAAUCUGAGCAGUACCAGGAGCUCUUGGUAAACUAAACCUGCGCAGGAGACUCAGCAGCUGGGUCGGGAGUUAAGGUUCUGGUAAAAUCAAAAUUAUAUUAAUUGAUAAUAAUAAAACAACUGCAGCUGAAAUUGCUCACUUUCCAAUCAUUUAGAUGGAACAAGCUGAAACUUAUAAAAAAAACUAUCAAAAUGAAUAUUUUCCAAAUUGUACAGAAAAGACACUAUGCAGACACUCCCCUACUUCAGUGGUACCGAAUGUGUUCAGAGAGAAAAGCUAAGUCUAGGUCCCAGUAACUUUUGUGCAUACUGUUUAUGCUUCAACUGCUACUGUUUAUGUUCGCUGCUGAGAAAGACAAAAUAAAGCUUAGUCUGGGUUGCAGCAAAACGUCUACUCACUUAAGGCGGAAGUAAUCUUACACAGAUGCAGUCUGUUUAUACUGUAUGUCCAAUGUCUGUAAGUAGAGGCGUGUCUGUAUUGGAAAAAGGCCAUCCACCUCUCUUACACAACAUAUUCCCAAUCGUCAUAAAAAAAGCAAGCUGCUCAGAAUGAAUUUGAUUAUUCACCACAUUUUGUCCCGUGUGCUACCUAACAACUUUGGUUGAGUAAUAAUUUAGACAAAGCUCAUGUCAAAGGUUCACGUCGAAGAGAUAAAACAGCUCAUCUGACGACGCUGCGUCUGUUCAAGAGUGUCCAAAAGAAGGAUAAUUUCACUUAUUUAAACAACAUUAAUACCAAUGAUAGCAAGACAAAAUUACAUAAAAAAAAUCAAUUUUGCAAUUUAUUAAAGGGAAAUGUGACCACAGAAACACUCAAUUACACACAGAGAUAUUUAGAGGUCUUUACUUGCUUCAGAAAACAUAAAUAUCAACUUUUAUACGCUACAUGUACUGUAUCAUAGUGACUAACAGAAAUAAACUCUACGGACAAAAGUCUUGGGACAAUAUUUUACUCAAAGUGCAUGCUCGUUCCAACUGGAUCUAGUAUUUAUCUCAUCAAAGACACUUUUUCCACAGAGGGUCACUUUUUCUUUUUUUUUACAAUAUAACUUAAAUAUUUAGGCUGCACUUUUGGACAUUUCAUAAUUAUAUGAUUGGGACUGAGAAAGUUUGGGUAAGGCCCUUUUUUUGAUCUUCCAUGACACGCCCCAGUGUACAAUGUAAUAAAGGCAUUUUAGGGCGAGAUUGGUGUGGAAGAACACACCACCAUAAAACACAGAUUUGGCCACAUGAAUAUAUUUUGGAAUGGACAAACAUUCUCACAAAUUCCAAAUUCUUGUAGAAUGUUUUCCCCGUAGGUAAAAGCUGUUACAGCUGCAAAUGUGCGGUUAAAAUGAGUAAUAUUUUUUGUUUGCGUGCAAGCAUGGUGUCCCAAUACUUUUGUCCUUAUCUUAUUUUAACAUGCCGUCAUUGACCAACAUAUAUAUAUACACUACCGUUCAAAAGUUUGGGGUCACAUUGAAAUGUCCUUAUUUUUGAAGGAAAAGCACUGUACUUUUCAAUAAAGAUAACUUUAAACUAGUCUUAACUUUAAAGAAAUACACUCUAUACAUUGCUAAUGUGAUAAAUGAGUAUUCUAGCUGCAAAUGUCUGGUUUUUGGUGCAAUAUCUACAUAGGUGUAUAGAGGCCCAUUUCCAGCAACUAUCACUCCAGUGUUCUAAUGGUACAAUGUGUUUGCUCAUUGCCUCAGAAGGCUAAUUGAUGAUUAGAAAACCCUUGUGCAAUCAUGUUCACACAUCUGAAAACAGUUUAGCUCGUUACAGAAGCUACAAAACUGACCUUCCUUUGAGCAGAUGGAGUUUCUGGAGCAUCACAUUUGUGGGGUCAAUUAAACGCUCAAAAUGGCCAGAAAAAGAGAACGUUCAUCUGAAACUCGACAGUCUAUUCUUUUUCUUAGAAAUGAAGGCUAUUCCACAAAAUUGUUUGGGUGACCCCAAACUUUUGAACGGUAGUGUAUAUAUAUAUAUAUAUAUAUAUAUAUAUAUAUAUAUAUAUAUAUAUAUAUAUAUAUAUAUAUAUAUAUAUAUAUAUAUACACAGUAGAGGCCAAAAGUUUGGACACACCUUCUCAUUAACAAUGAUGGUCCCAACCCCAUUGAUAAAGCAAGAAAUUCCACUAAUCAACCCUGACAAGGCACACCUGCAAAGUGAAAACCAUUUCUUGACUGCCUCUUGAAGCUCAUCAAGAGAAUGCCAAGAGUGUGCAAAGCAGUAAUCGGAGCAAAGGCUGGCUAUUUUGAAGAAACUACAAUAUAAAACAUGUUUUCAGUUAUUUCAACUUUUGUUGUUAAGUACAUAACUCCACAUGUGUUCAUUCAUAGUUUUGUUGCCUUCAGUGACAAUCUACAAUAUAAAUAGUCUUGAAAAUAAAGAAAACACAUCUAAUGAAAAGGUGUGUCCAAAGUUUGGGCCUGUACUGUAAAAAUGUGUGUGUAUAUAUAUAUAUGUGUCCAAACUUGUUUCCCACUGUGGGCUGCAUACUGAAAAAUCUAAGGAUUCGGGGACCAAUUUUUUAUUUUAAAACAGGCCAUAUUUUGGACGCCUUUUGGUGUAAACUAAAAUAAUCAUGUUGUUUUUGUUGAUGUUGUUUUUAAACAGUGAUGGCAAAUCAGGUCCCCUAUGUAUUGACAUGUUUAAACAAUAAAAAGUGUCCCUGCAAAUGACACUGUAUCAUUAUGAACAGUGUAUUAUAUAAAGCUCACUUUUCACUCUCUCACAACACUGCCAACUUAAGACACUCACUUCCUUUCUAUUCGGUCUCCAACGGGAGCCGGUCUUUUUAGAACGCCCGGUGGUCGGGCCCCUCGGCCACUAAACUGCAAGUUGCUAAGAUGGGAGGUUGCGUAGGAGGGAUUCACAGAAUAUAAAAUGCGGUGAGAUAUGUUUUUUUUUUAAUAAUAGUUUAGAAAAACCUGAUGCAGUGGUUUUCCCAUGUAUUUUUAUUGAUGUGAAUGAAAGCUGCAAAAAUAAACAAUAGAGUAUUUCUGUUUUGCAACAGUAAAUCCUGCCCAUCUUUGUCAAUGAAAAGUAGUUAUGAGAUCCCAUCAAGUAUAGCACAGAAAUAAAAUAAAUAUUUGAAUGAUGACAUACAAUACAAUAAGCAUUUCUGCAAAAAAAAACAACUCGGUAGCAUUGAUAUUUUGCAAGUGUAAGAUGAUUUUGGUUCAUUUAUUUCACAUAAUGUAAACAAUGGUGGCAUUAAUAUUUGUGUGCAAUGUGACUUCACAAAAUGUGGUGAUAUGUAUUUUUUUUUUCUUUCACAAACACGUGUAUGCCGUGAAUUAACACAAUACCAUCAGCUACAUAUUCAGCACUUAUUCAGUCAUUUUUGUUGGAAGGGUUGCUCUUUGUGGCAAAGAUUGAUCAGUCUGUUGCCAUAAAAAAAUAAAGAGAGAAAAAUGAUUAGGGGCUCGAACUGUGCUGGAUAUGUCAGACAAUCUUGUAUGCAUGUCUUGUCUUGACCACAUAAAAAUAUAUUUGCUGCACA